GAUCCCGUGGAUCUGUGUCUUGCUUCAACAGUGUUUGGACGGAACAGACCCGGGGCCUCCCUUUGUUAGCUUCCACGGCUCCUCAUCUGCAGUCGCAGCCUCCGGGACCAUCUCCUCGCCGCCUUCGGCUCCCAGGACCAGCCAGCACCGUUUCUUUGCGGGUAGGUCCAGACUGCUCUCAGCCAUGACCUCCCAGAUUCGUCAGAAUUAUUCCACCGAAGUGGAGGCUGCCGUGAACCGCCUGGUCAACCUGCACCUGAGGGCCUCCUACACCUACCUCUCGCUGGGCUACUAUUUUGACCGGGAUGACGUGGCUCUGGAGGGUGUAGGCCACUUCUUCCGCGAAUUGGCCGAGGAGAAGCGCGAGGGCACCGAGCGCCUCCUCAAGUUGCAGAACGAUCGCGGAGGCUGCGCACACUUUCAGGAUGUGCAGAAGCCAUCUCAAGAUGAGUUGGGUAAAACCCAGGAGGCCAUGGAAGCUGCCCUGGCCUUGGAGAAGAACUUGAACCAGGCCCUCUUGGAUCUUCAUUCCCUGGGCUCUGCUCGCACAGAUCCUCAUCUCUGUGACUUCCUUGAAAACCACUUCCUGGAUAAGGAGGUGAAGGUCAUCAAGAAGAUGGGCAACCACCUGACCAACCUCCGCAGGUUGGCUUCUGGGCCCCAGGCGUCUCUGGGUGAGUACCUCUUUGAGCGGCUCACUCUCAAGCAUGACUAGGAGGCCUCUCCUUCC